AUGGAUCGACCUAAAAGAUCAAAUGCAGGUUCAAAAAUGGACAAUCUUAUCAAAAAUGCCACAAAAGAUGCAUUUUAUGAUUCAUUGAUGCAAAAUUGGAUUAAAGAUGAAGAGGCUGUUGAGUCCGAUCAAUCAGUCAGUGCCCACUCAGAAUCCUCAAUGUCCAUCGACUCAGAAUGUGAAAAGAUUCUUUCAGGCCACGAAGAUGACGAAAAUGAGGAGGAAACUGAAAAUCCCCGCAAAAGAAAAAAGUCAUCAAAAAAACCGUCUUAUAUGUUACCAAGUUCAAAACAGCAAAAAAUUCAAAAAUCAGAAGGAAAGACAAAACAAAUCAAAGAAUUCUCUCCAUUGUCGAUAACACGGAGUAUUAGGAAUUCGACAUUGACUAAACGUGGAUUGACUGCUGUGAACGAAUCUAAUAGAAAAGAACCCACAAAACGAAUAUCAGCUCCUGGCCCUUCUCUCCGACGUCUUACUCAGGAGGAAUUAUUAUUGGAGGCUAAAAUUACUGAGGAGAGAAAUAUCCGACAUUUGGGUAUUUUGAAAGAUUUUAUAUUAUUUAGAAAGUCUGAUACGCCUACUCCGAAUUCUGAAUCUAAAACAUGUGGGCUGAGUAACCAACCCGCUCAGUAUAAGGAUCCCUUGACUGGUGUUCCCUACUCGGAUGUCAAUUGCUUCAAGGUCAUUAGAGAAGUUGCAGCGACACAGUCUCCUGUCAUUAGGGAAUACCUUAACUCACUUGAAGAAUACAAUGCAUUUUUUGAUAAAUAUCGAUAA